UUGCCUAUUGCCUAUGUCCCCACUGGCCACUGUCUGCUGUUUUCCGAACUGUGUUCUUGCCAAGCCCAAUUGUACGAAUAUUUCUAAAAAAUCAGGAAACCGUGUUUUACGAGUGUUUGACUGGAGAUUUUCGCAAGUGAUAUUGAAAGAACAUUUGGUCAUCGCGUUGCAUGGAAGUGGUUACUUCGGCCGCCGGCCUCCGCUGGCGGCGUUAAUCGCCAGGAUGUGCGUUCCCAGGCGCCCUCGCCAAAAAUGUCUCCGAAUCGUCGUGGUCAAAACGAAAGCGUAAGAAAACCAGCAACAGCAGCAACAACUACGACUAAAAGACGCUCGAGUUCGUGGGUGACGUGUGAAAAUCCAAAAGCCACGGCAACAGGCUUAAUUAAAUUCAUAUAAACAACCGCCAAAAAAAGAAAAACAAAAAAGAGUAAAGAAAAGAAAAUAGCAAGCAAGAAAAAGCAAAAGAAAAAGAAAAACCAAAGCAGAAAUGAGUGCCAACAGGAGGAGAGGCUUCAGUGCCUUAGGUGCAACACCAACGGCAACGGCUGCCACUGCCAAUGAGCAACUUUCUCUGCUGCCGGCUGGCAACGGCGACGAGGACGCAUUGGAAAUGCCACGGAUAUGCCGCUGCUGCUGCAAGCGGGACUUGGAGCUACUCGGACUAUUCGAUGCCAACCAGCCGAGUCUGGUCGAGGCAACAGGAACAACAGGAUCGACAGCCACAUCAGCAGAACCAGCAGCAACAUCAGAAACAGCAUCAGCAACAGGAGCCCCAGAAGCAGACAACUCAACUGCAGCAACGGCCACACCUCUCUCCAGCAUUAACCCGCCUCCAAAGAGCCGGACUACACUUGCAUCUACAUCCACAUCGGCAGCAGCAGUAGCAGCAACUCCACGUGGCCGCAGCAGUGACAAUCCCGUCGAAUAUGCCCUCAGCGGGGCCCACAGCGGCAUGGACAUUGUCCUCGAGGAGAUGAUCAUUUGGAUGUUGAAUAUAAAUCGUGACGAUGGCCUUCCACAAGAGAUCUGCCGCCAGUGCAUGGCUCAAUUUCUGAUGGUGGCCAAGUUCCGGCGGAAAUGCGUACGAAUGCAACAGCGUCUGCAGGACUUUGCCCAGGAUAUAUCCGACCGCCAGGCGGCCAGGCAAGCCAAGCGUCAGCAAAAGCAAGCCCAAAAGCAGGAGCCAUCCAAGAAGGAGGAGCAGCCAGCGCCACAACCGGAACGAAAACGCCGUAUGGUAUCUGAAUCGGACAGAGAAGCAGUCGCCGCCGCCACAGACACACUUACAGAGCUUCGCACAGAAUCCCAGGAACUGCCACCGCCCAAGGCUCGACGCCUCCAGCUUCGCCUGCGCAAAUACCGCGCCUUUUCCAUCGGCUGUGAGAUGGAGCAUCCCUCUGCCAUCGAUGCCAGCAGCAUGCCUUGGAAGACGAAGGCCGCCCGCAAACAGAUCUCCGAGACAUGGACAUCGUCCAGUCCCGCCACCGAAUUCUCAUCGCCAAAUCCUAGCUCCGAUCACGAAACCAAGAGCUGCAGCAGCUCUGAUCGAAUGAGCGAACUGUCCGUGGGUCCCUGUUGUGGCUUUGAGAGCGACAGUAGUCCCUCCUCCACAUCCACGCAAUCCACGGUGGCCGAUGGUUUACAGUUUCCCAAACGUUUGGCACCACGCCGUGGACGGCGCUUGAGAAAUACCCCAGUUUAUAACCCAACCAAGAGGCAGAAAAGAUCGUUGAUCAAGUUGGAGAAGGAGGAGACACUCCAGCUUAAAGAGAAAACAAAGUCUGAUCAAAUGGAAGUCUUCCAGCAGGAGUUAAAGGAAGAAAACUGUGCCGCAUCAGGUGAUGCGGCCAUCGACAGCACUUCGGAUGUGUCAAAAGUGGCGAGUGAGCAGCUUCCAGUGGAAAAGAUUGAAGUCAAUCAUACUGGGGACGAGCUCAUUUUGGAAAAGGAAUCCAAGGACAUGUUAAUUAAUUCGAAUGGUUUGGGCAACCAAGAAGACUCCUUGAUGGAGGAACAAGUCAACUCAAAUGAAGUCUUAAAUGGCGUAGAAGAAAAGGCUUCCAAUGAAGGACAAGAAAACCCAGCCGAAGCCGAAGAUGAUACAAAAAAUAUGUGCGAAAAGCCAGCUGAACAAAAAGAGACAGAAACAGUUAACGAAAAGGAAGAAUCAACCUCUAAAACUUCGGAAGAAUCGAACGAUGGCAAGGACAACAGUAUAGCGGUCUGUUUAUCCGAGGACAUUUUAAGCGAGCCACUUCCUUCGCAGCCCACGGAAGAUCCCCUGCAAUCGGAGGAGCUGACCUCCUCCACGGAGCCCAGUAGGGUUCAACCGGAAUCUGUUGACCAGCCGGAGAUCAUAGUAAGCAUACCUCUGGAAGUGCUCGAUGAGAAUCUGCAGCGUCGUCUGGUUGUGGAACAGGACACCGCCUCGACCCCCAAGAACCUUCAGUCCGUCCAGAACGACGAUGUGAACAACAAUGCUAACGAUGAAAAUUUUUGCCAGAGUGCUACAGCAGAUAGCUUCAAUUCUACUGUGGCACUCCGAACCAAUGAAAUUGAAGCAAAACCAGGAGGAGGAGGUGAAGGUGGUGCCAUGGGUCCAAAUGCAGAAGAAUCCCUGCCAGAAGACGAUUCUGAAGAAGCUGAUGAGGAAAUACCAGUGCCUCGGUCUGGACCCACGCCCAUGGAUUUUAUGGCCGAGUUCACCAAGCAUUGUGUCAACGGUAUCGAGCAACUGAAGGCCACCACUCCGGCCCCAUCGCCCACGCCCUCGGAGCUGCCGUUGCCGCUUAACGAUCUGGAGGCAAAGCAGCAGUUGGAGGUGGAGAUGAACGAUGUGGAGACCACGCUGAAUGGCAUCCUCAACGAGAUGCAGGAUCAGCACAUGUACACACCGAAUUGUACACACAUCGAUGAGUUUCUCACGCCCGCCGAUUAUGCUCCGCUGACUGAACAGGAACCCUCAAACUCCUCACCACCAAAUCCCUUCGAGGAGAGUCCAGUGGUGGAAACAGGAACAAAGCCACCCGCUGCCAGCGAGCAUCUAUUUGAUAACAGCAACUUUAGCAAUGAACUGAUAGGUUUCCAGAACGAUAUUCCCUGCUUUGAGAACAUCGAAUCCUCUCCAGAACCGGGACAGCAGAGUUUGCAUUUGGAGCUUACGCAGUUCCUGAGUGAUUUGCAGCCAACGCAGGAGGUAAAGUCAGACGUAGAGGCACCUGUAGAGGCACAACCAGAAGCACAAGCUGAUGUUCAAAUCCAGUCCCCAAAUGGGUCAGAAAAUCUAGCUCAAAAUGAGCCCAAUGAACAGCUUGAGAUUCAAAUUCAAACCCAAAUAGAGCCUCAAAUGGAGCACGAAAUCCUGACAGUCCAGGCUCCGGAGGAGCAUCCACAGAGCCAGUCCCAUGUGGAACAUCAAAUUGUGGCAGUGGAAAAUCAAAUUCAAUUGCACAACCAAUCUCAGUCUUCGAACACACACCAAAUGCUGCAGACGCAGACAUGUAUCCAAAACCAAGGGCAGCCAACGGUGCAGAUGAUGCAGCAGAUCCAGCCGCAAGGCUAUUCCCAAGUGAUACCCCAUGUCCAGUCGCGGGACACUACGACGACAGUCACCUACGAGCAGAUCUAUCAACAGCACAUUGUGCAGCAGACGGUCCAGCAGUCCUCCUCCAACAAAGUGCAGCUCAUCUCUCUACCCUCGUGUGCAGGGGAAACCAGGCAAUGGCAGCCCCAGCACCAGCAGCAAGUGCAGUGGUCAUCGGUGGGCGGCCUGGAGUCCAUCAAGAGUUCACCCAUCGAGACUACUUACUAUAUAAGUUCAAGCGAUUUGUAUCCGCAGCAGGGAACAGAGACGACGUAUACUAUGCUGCAGCCGGCCUCCGUGGAGUCCAAUGAGAGUUACAUGCUAGAGCAAAGCCAGCAUCAGCAACAGCAACAGCAGCAGCAGCAACAACAACAACAUCAACAACAAGAACAGCAGCAGCAACAGCCACCGAUCAUGAUUGUGAUAAAACCAGAGAUGCAGCAACCGGUGGCCUCUGCCAGCAACCCGCAGCAGGCACCACUGCAGCAUGUUUAUGGAGCACCCAUCAGCAAUGAUCUGCAUCGCCUGCAGUACACCAAAAGGAUACAGCAGCAUCAGCAGCAACAAUACCAGCAGCAGCAAUACCAGCAGCAGCAGCAGCAACAGCAACGCCUUCAAUUGCAAAGCCAUCCGGUAAUAGGAAUGCCAGGAGCCACGUCGAUUUCAACCAAAGUACAUCCCAUACCCGCCACAACGCCCACUGGUCGACCUUUAACCCUCAAGUGCCGCUUCUGCCAGAAUGGUCCAAGGUUCUCCAACAGCCUUGAAUACAGCCGUCACAUUAUUGAACUCCACCCGGCCGUGGCUCCUUUCAACUGUCCGCACUGCCCGCUGGCUUUUGCUGGCAGGAGUAAGCGUUCGCAGCAUAUCCUUAGCCAGCAUGUAGUUCAGCAGUAUCAGUGCGGCCAGUGCUCUCAGGUGUUUCCCGCUCAAAAGGCCUUGGACCUGCAUAUCCAACGCUUUCACAUGCCUUUAAAGACCGUGGACAGUGUCCGAGUGGAGGAUGUCCAACUGCAGAUCACAAACGGACGGCAGCAGCAGCAGCAGCGUCUGCCAUAUCAACCAAGAGCAUAUCAACCGCGACAGCAACGUCAACCACAACGAACCCCGCAUCAUCGGGGGACGCCACAAGAGCAGCCGCAGCAGCAGAAACUGCCAGUGAUGCAGCCGCAGUCGCAGUCACCGCAUCCAUCAACAGGAGCAAUGGAAGUCCAGGCGAGCACAACCACGACGCGAAAGAUUCUGUGCUGUCCAGACUGCGAGGAUGGCACUGCAGGUCAUAGCCAUGCUGGCAGCGCUGGAGGAUUCGAGGAACUCCCCUCGCUGCAGUCUCCGCCAACGGUGCUCACCCCGCCCUCGACGAUCGUUUCGGCUCCAUCGCCCCAGCCCAUGAUGGUCUCGCAGCAUAUAACGCUGCCCUCGCCCGAACAAUCCGAGCCAGAUUCCACGACCACCUUGCGGCAGUAUCGUAAGCGUGGUGUCAUUGUGGGGCCCCAAGGUCCGCUGCAUUUGGCCACGCCUGUGGCUUCGCCCUCGCCGUCAUCGUCGCCAUCCUCCUCCACCUUUGACCAUAUACCACCAGCGUCACCAGCAACGCCUGCUUCGCCGGCACCGCCUCAGUCGCCCGCCCCGCCGUCUUCCGUGCCGGUAAACGAGCUACGUACAAGUCACCAAUGCCACUACUGCGAAGAGCGUUUCACCAACGAUAUUGCCCUUAAGAAGCACCAUCAGCUAGCUCAUGGAUCCCAGACCACGAUGCCGUUCGUGUGCACCAUCUGCAAACGAGGCUAUCGCAUGCGAACGGCUCUGCAUCGGCAUAUGGAGUCGCAUGAUGUGGAGGGCAGGCCGUACGAGUGCAACAUUUGUCAUGUGCGAUUCCCGCGGCCCUCGCAGCUGACGCUGCACAAGAUUACAGUGCACCUGCUUUCCAAACCGCACACCUGCGACGAAUGCGGCAAGCAAUUUGGCACAGAGAGCGCCUUGAAGACGCACGUUAAAUUCCACGGUGGGAUCGGUUACCAGUGCGACGGAUGCGAUCGCUCGUUCGAAUAUCUCAAGGAAUUGCGCAGACAUCGUCGUACCCACAAAGAGCUGUUUUACAAAUGUGAAUUCUGUCCACGGUCGUUUCUUCACUUUAAGAUAUUUCGCGCUCACAUGAACACCCAUUUGCCACUGGGAGUGUUUCUCAACGAAGAGACGAUAGUAAAGACCGUCAGCAGCAAUAACAACAACAACAACAACAACAACAGCAGCAUCCUUAGUAGCGAUAAGCUAGAAAAUCCACCAACACCCAUCGAGGAGACCGCCCCCAUGAGCUGCAAUAGCGUUUACAACGUACAAAGCCCAGAUGAUUACCCCAAUUCGGUGGAGAGCAGUGCUGCCACCAGUGUGGCUCUGGAAACGAUAGCCCCAACGCCAUAACAAACGCUACCAUCGAUGACCUAUCAUUUGGUUUGCAACACUUUAUUGGUUGCAAAUCAACGGCCGACAACAACAACAACAGCAACAACCUUGCCAAUUAGAGCGAUGACGCCUAACUACACAAUUGUCAUUUUUAAUGGCAAACAGCUUCCAUUCAUUCUUCUUCCCAUCGGAGCCAACCAAGCCCAGCAUCUCUCGAACGAGAGGAACCAGCAGACUGCAUCGAAUGCAAUGCGAUAUUGCACUUAACAAUUUAGCGACUAAGCCAACAAGUACACUCCCUCAGACUAAACAGAACUUAAGGCUAAAUGUGUAUUUAGUCCAUAAGCUAGCUAGAAUUUAGGCGUUCAUGCAAUGAAACCAACAACAACAAACCAACCAAUGGAAACAAAUAAGCAACAAGUUAACGCUAGGCUAAACAAAAAAAAACCAUAUUUACAUAAUAUACACAUUUUUUGACUUCCGUUCAAAGUUUUUGUUUUAAAAAAAAAGGAGCAAGAAAUUAAAAAAUGAACAAAGAAGUUCAUUAAAACUAAGACAAGCUAGCAUUAACUACGUACCAACAGGAAUUACAAAUU